UGACGCUAGUACGUCACCAUCUCCCGUGCAUAUGCAGUACUUAUUAGCAGUACACGUACGUCUUAUCAUUACCUGUUGCACCGCAUUAACUGUGUUUAGCACUUGGCUCGAUAGUCAAGACAGGUACGAGCAGUACACAUACGAUCAGCAUUACACUGUUGCGAUAACACUGGGCUUUGAAGUUCUGAUCCGCUGAAUGUUUUGUCAGAGAACUUUAGUCGAGGAGUUAUGAUCGCACAGCUCUGGAAUUUCUUAUGAUUACUGGUUUCGACUAAUAAAAGCGUAACGGAAGUCGAGCGGUGUUUCUCCCGUAGAUUUUCAUAGAAAAUCGUUCUUCUUCCUAGCCUGCCCCGUGGCAUGGCUAUCAUGGUAGCAGAUCCUAAGAUCCGCCAAAUCUGAGCAUAAUUUCAUAUUUGGAGCAAUAACUCAUCUUUGUCGGAAGUUGGUGUGGUGGACGCUGAUUCUCCGAAGCAGUAUCGUCGUGAACUUUGAUUUACAGCAUUGCCCUUUAUUGGGAUUAACUGACAGCAGUAUCUCGAGCCUAGUUGCAGAGUUUUGGUGUUCGUGGAUUACGGAGCGGUGAGCCACGGUGCGCGAAACCCGUGCAGUUUGGAUCGUGGAGUGGCGUUGCGGUGAGACACGGUUCUCGAAACUCCGUGCAGCAAGGAUUGCGGAUACUCGAAGCAUUAUGGCCGACCAGCAGUGUCCGAACUGUGCCCGCACAGGACGCUUGUGUGUGACGUGCAUCCUCAAGCAGGCGCCGAAUGUACAACAGCGCGUCUUUAUGCUGCACCUGGAAGCACUACUGGGCAAUUACCAGGCAUUCCAGUGUCUCCUGUUGCGCGCCCACUGGGAGCAUGUCAUCGUCAACCGUGACUACUACGAACAAAUUCGUGUCGCAGUCGAUCAUUUCCGCAGUACGAAGGAUGGCUGGAGCAAGGCACAGCAUGUACCGACAUGGGACGAGAUGAAAGCACAGGAGCAGCAGCAUCACCAGCUCAUGUCGCAAGCACGCCAGCAGUUGAACGCUGAAGAGCAGCCUCCAGUCCAGCAUGAUCAGUCUGCCGUAGCAAUGCCAGCCGCCUUAGUUCAGCAGCAAUGGAAUACCGUUGGCCGUCAGCCGUUUGGAGCACGCCACUUUCCUGAUCGCUCAACGGUGUCUCAGAAUCCGCAGCAGCGCCGAGCCGAUGCACCGGCAGCACAGCCACGCCAGUACAGCACUCGUAUGCCUAAUUUGCCUGCUGCAGAUGAGCGCGCCGACCGCAUUCUGUUGACGUUGGGUUUUGAUAAGCAUGACCAGCGUAAACUGAUGAAAGGCAUGUUAACCCGUACGAUGAGCACACUGGACCGCUUUCUGGCGAAUUCCGGUUUACUGGAAGAGAUGCAAGCGGAAAAGUAUAACUACCGUGAUGAUCGCCCGAAGAAGGAAGAACGCGAUAUCCGGUACGGUUAUCUUCGCAGCAAUGGCAUGCCCUCAGCAUUACAUCCUGAGAAUUUUGAACACAGCAUUCUGACUAUUGAUAUUGAAGCAUUGAGUCAACUUGUGUACCAUCCGCGUAAAAGCAUGAUCCCGUACUUGUUCAAUUUCGUCAGUCCGGAUGCGAACGGUGCAAACCUGUUGUACGCCGGCCGUGUAGCAAUAUUCACGGAUGAGAUGUUGGUUAUGAUGAAGGAAGAGCAAGAUUUCCGCAGCAUGGACCGUCGUAAACAGCAGAUUAUGGUGAAUUACGUCCGUCUGUAUUUUGGUGCAUUGCUGGGACAUCACGGAUGUCAUAAGCAGUUGGCCGACGCUCCGCAUGAAGACAGCGCUUUCUUUCACGAAGCAAUAGUUAAUCUUGGUCCGACACUGAACGUACAGGACAAGAUCGACCGCAUUCGCCAUGCAAUGGAAAUUGGUUUGGAGAAAGUUGCUGGAAAGCCAGUUGAGCAGUUGGUAGUAAAUCCGCAUGAUGCCGUGGAAAACGUUCUCACUCAGUUGCAGAAGUUGAAGGACAAGUACGAGCCGCAAGGCGGACAACAGCAGCAAGUCGCACAAAAUCAGCCGCAGCACCAGCCAGUGUUCAACUUGAACCCGCAGGGAAACGCUGCACAGUUGCAAGGUAUUAUCCCGGCAGGUGAGAAUGCCGCAAUGGACGAAGUCGAAGACUCAAGUGGCGGAUAGUGUGGCGCAGUUGAAUUUCUCCGCAGAAACUAUGGAGCAUUCGGGAAAAGAGCAGUAGUUUGAAUAGCAUGUACUGAAUUACUAAGCAAUAUUUAUUUUGUAAAUUAGCAUUAUUUUUCUGUAAUCAAUAUUUCUUUUGAAUUCCGCAAUAGACUUGAUUUGUCAGCAUUUUUCUUCGAUGGACGAUAGACUGACAGCCUCACAGGCGCAGUCUGGAUGUGGAUCGCGAAUUGACACGCAGCCUUAUAGGCGGUGUCGGAAUGAGUGGACAUUUAACGGUGGAAUGGAUUUUUGAUAAUUUUGUGUUCCUGUUUAACCAAAGUACUAACAGAUCUCGAUGGAUAUUUCUUCAGUUUAUUGAGCUUAACUCAUGAUUUCAUUUUAUUUUCAUUAAACAGCCGAUCAGUGACUGGUAAGUUGUGUGAGCGACAGUGUAAAAGUGGAUUUUGAAGCAGUAAAAUUCUUCAGACGCAGUGUCGAAAUUUUCCGCAUUAACGAUUGUAUAGCAUUAAUCAUGAAAGCAAUACAAAUUUUGACGCAAUACGGACUAGCUCCGCGGCAGACCCGGUAUAGCUAGCGUACACUGCAGCACAUGCACUGGAAAAAGGCAUAGCAAGGCGCCUGGUUAAUCCCCAGUUUGGCCGUCGCAAUAGCCUCGGAGGACCUCGGAUCCCCACCAGUGGCAUGUUAGGGAUGACGCUAGUACGUCACCAUCUCCCGUGCAUAUGCAGUACUUAUUAGCAUUACACGUACGUCUUAUCAUUACCUGUUGCACCGCAUUAACUGUGUUUAGCACUUGGCUCGAUAGUCAAGACAGGUACGAGCAGUACACAUACGAUCAGCAUUACACUGUUGCGAUAACACUGGGCUUUGAAGUUCUGAUCCGCUGAAUGUUUUGUCAGAGAACUUUAGUCGAGGAGUUAUGAUCGCACAGCUCUGGAAUUUCUUAUGAUUACUGGUUUCGACUAAUAAAAGCGUAACGGAAGUCGAGCGGUGUUUUCUCCCGUAGA